CGCGCGACGCGUUAUUCGGCGCUGCCAAUGUAACGAGAUGAUCGUACACACCCGGUGAUUCCGGUUAGAAGAGAAUCCCUACGCACUACGCACGCGUGGAAAAAUCUCACGAGGGAGAAGUUUGGGAGCAACGAUUUUUUUAUACAUCGCAAAACUAUCGCUGGUGUAAAUUGUGACGAUUGUCAGCUUCUGUAAUCUGUAAUUUUCUAGCCAACACCGAUAAGAGAUGCCGGAGAACGUGCUUAACGGCGAUCAUAUUGAUGUGAAAGGUGCCAACUGCGAGACUCAGGACAAUGAUGAAGAGAACGUUGAAAAUGAUGUACAUUUUGAACCUAUAGUUUCUUUACCUUUAAUAGAAGUGUCCAGCAAUGAGGAAGAUGAGACAGAGAUGUUAAAACUACGAGCAAAAUUAUAUCGUUAUGAUACAUCGAAUAUUCCAGCAGAAUGGAAGGAGCGUGGCACAGGAGAAGUCAAACUGUUAAGACACAAAACAAAAAAUACAGUUAGAGUAGUUAUGCGCAGAGACAAAACCCUUAAAAUUUGUGCUAAUCAUUUUGUAACUCCAUGGAUGGAACUGAAACCAAAUUGUGGUAGUGAUAGGGCAUGGGUUUGGAGUGUACUUGCUGAUUUUGCAGAUGAACAACUUAAACCGGAAUUACUCGCAAUACGUUUUGCGAAUGUUGAAAAUGCAUCAAUGUGGAAAGAAGCGUUUGAAAAAGCUAAAAAGAUUGUGGGAUCUGAAUGUGAAAUAUAUGCUGGCAAAAAUAAUCCAGAACAGAAGCAAAAUAUUGAAAGCAAUAGUGAAUCCAGCAGUGAUGUAAGUUAUGAUGAAAGCACUGAUAAUGAAGACCAGGGAAAGUUGCUUAAACAGACUGGAGAAUCUGCUGUGAUUUCUCAGCAAAGAGAAAUUGAGAAAGUACAGACAGCAUCAGCAGAAAAGGAAGAUGUAGUAACAACAAAUGAGGAGAAAAUAAUCAACGAAAUAACAAAGUUAAAAGUAAAAGAUGAAGCAAUGUUAUAGAAAAACUGAAUAAAUUUUCAAGUUACGCGAUAAAACUGUAUUUAUACGAAUGUUACAUAUUAUCUGUGAUUUUUUUAAACUGGGAGUAAAUCAAUACAAAAUUGCAUUUGUACUGGAAAGAGUGUAAAUGAAAGAAUGUGUGUGUGUCAACUGUUAGAGGAACAGAAAAUUAAUAAAUACAACGACAAUUGUAUCAACAGAAAAUCUUCCAAAUUUUAUUUAUUCUUUAAUUCAGGAAGAUGAUUUAUGCAUUAUAUCACA